UUGCAGAUCACGAUGGCAUCUCCUCGAUUACUUGUGACGCUGGUGAUUUCCCUGCUCAGUCCGGAAGCAACCCUAGCGUUCGGCUGGAACUGGCUGCUGGGAUUCGCCACGACUGCAAGUUCCACUACAUCGUCAACCUCAUCAUCGUCAACAUCGGCCGCCUCCAGCAACACUCCCAACAACUACCAACUCUCGAUCGGAAACCGUCAAAAUACCUUCGCCAACCUCACCGACUACGGUACGAUGAUAUCCAACGUAAUGAUCAACCUAGCCCGGUUCAACGGAACCGCUGCAAGCGGUAACGACGCGGGCGCAACUCUGCUGGACGAUGCAGUGCUAUCGGUUGCCGAAGCAUACCGCAACGAGUCGACCGCAGUCAUCGCGGGACGACUUGCGUGGUUCAACGAUCAGAUCGCGCAAGCAAACCGAAGCGCAAGCACCGUACACCAUCAACAUAUCAGCGAUCUCGUGGAGGACUUUGCGCGCGAUACCCGAGCGGGUACGCUCGGGCUUAGCAACGCAACCCGGGACUGUUUGGCCAGGUCGGUGCAGGUCGAAGACGUUAUCCGGUCCGUUGAGAACCGCAGUGAAGGCGGAUGUUUGAGGGCGAAGAUACAGCGAAUGCUGGAGUUGAGAGCGGAAGCAAGCAGUAACCUAACCGAGUUCCUUGAAAGCCAACAAAACGUAGAAGAUCGUCUGGAGAUUUGCGUUGACCUGCAGGAUGACUUUGACGAUGACAUGAGCGACUUUUACAAAGUCGCUUGCGUCUCUUCGAUUCUCUUUGACGUUCAAAUGGAAACGGCAAAGCUGGAACUCACCGCGGAAGAGCUGACGGCCGAAGCCGGGGUGACGGUGCGGCAGCUGAGGGCCGGACUGCUCGAGUGUGUGGUUGACGUAGCUAAUUACGCCUUCGAUGCCUCGAUGAAGCUUCGCCACUGGAUCAAUGUUUGCAGCGCGGCACGAUAAGUGGUGCAUUACUCUUUGUCAAAUAAACAAGAUCGAUGAUUACAGUGACGACGUGCACACUAUUUUCUUGAAAGAAUACGAACAUUGUUAUGUUAAAAUUAAAAA